GGUCUGUGUGCUAAAGGAAGCAGCUGCAGCGGAAUCUGAAGAAUUUGAGGUGUCCGCCAAGUCUAGUCUUCAUCGUCGGCUGGUCUCUCUGUACCUCCAUCUGCACUAUAACACUCUCUGCGGCCACACUGAGGUGUAACAAGGAGAAAAAAUGUCUCAGGCCGACAAAAUGAAGCAGGGCCAGUUCAACAACCCUGAGACCCCAGGGUACGUUGGAUUUGCCAACCUGCCUAAUCAGGUUCAUCGCAAGUCCGUAAAAAAGGGAUUUGAGUUUACAUUGAUGGUGGUAGGUGAAUCUGGACUUGGGAAAUCCACCUUAAUCAACAGCCUGUUCCUCACCGACCUUUACCCUGAGAGAGUCAUCCCUGGAGCAGCAGAAAAGAUAGAAAGGACGGUUCAGAUUGAGGCGUCGACGGUAGAAAUUGAGGAGCGAGGAGUGAAGCUCCGUCUCACUGUGGUGGACACACCAGGAUAUGGAGACGCCAUCAACAGCCAAGACUGUUUCAGCACCAUCAUCAGCUACAUUGAUGACCAGUUUGAGCGCUACCUCCAUGACGAGAGCGGUCUCAAUCGGAGACACAUUGUUGACAAUAGAGUUCACUGCUGCUUCUAUUUCAUCUCUCCGCUUGGCCACGGCCUGAAACCCCUGGAUGUUCAGUUUAUGAAGGCCAUUCACAAUAAGGUCAACGUGGUUCCUGUCAUCGCCAAGGCAGACACGCUCACCCUCAGAGAGAGGGAGAGGCUCAAGCGCAGGAUUCUGGAUGAGAUUGAUGAACACGGUAUCAAGAUUUACCACCUUCCUGAUGCUGAGUCAGAUGAGGAUGAGGACUUCAAAGAGCAGACAAGAAUCCUCAAGGCCAGCAUCCCUUUCGCUGUGGUGGGAUCCAACCAGCAGAUUGAGGCCAAAGGGAAGAAGGUGAGGGGCCGCCUGUACCCCUGGGGAGUGGUGGAGGUGGAGAAUCCAGAACACAACGAUUUCCUCAAGCUGCGGAUUAUGCUGAUCACUCACAUGCAGGAUCUACAGGAAGUGACCCAGGACCUCCACUACGAGAACUUCCGCUCGGACCGCCUCAAACGGGGUGGCAGAAAGGGACCGGAGCCGGAGGAAAUGGACAAGGACAUGAUCCUCCAGGAAAAGGAGGCUGAGUUGAGACGAAUGCAGGAGAUGAUUGCCAAGAUGCAGGCCCAGAUGCAGAAGCAGGGAGACGGCGAGGGAGACAGCCCCCAUGCGUGAAAAUGAUGUGGUAUUUGAGCCCCUGCUCGAGCUUGACUUGAGAGAACGUGUAAAGGGUGUCUGGUUUUUGACCCGUACUGCUUGCCACUAUUUUUAUUCCAAUCCAACAUGGGAUAUGGAGUCAUUUCUUGUUUUUAUACAUACAGUCUAGUAUAUUCAAACAGUAUUAUGUUUAUAUAUUUUCUCACGGUUCUUUUUCUUUUUUCUUUUAUUUUGCCAGUUACUCAAAUGAAGUCACGUGACCCAUCUUUAAAAAAUGGUGGCAUAUAUCUUUGAUACAGACUGUUACUUUUCCAUUUUUUGUUCCCUUAUCAUGUUUUUUUUUUUUUGCUAUUUAGAAAACCAAAGUACUGCUGCUUGUAUGAAGUGCUUUUAGUUCUAAAUCAUUUCUCAAAGCACGUGCUAACCUUCGCUCUGUGAAAGAGCUUCAUUGGAAGAGUGAGAGAGACUGUGGUGGAAACUAGUAGCAGAAGUAGCUUUUUGCGCCAUUGUUAUGCCAUAAUCUCAAUAUUCAUUGUGUCAAGAGAAAACAUGUUUUUCGCUGGUUUAGAAGUGACCGCACAAGCUGUCCAUUGAAAAGUCCAGUGUUGAUCAUAUUAUCAUCUGCAUGCAACUCUCGACCCCGUCUGGUCAAAUUUUCAGGUGAAUUUUCCCUUUAGUGCUGUGCUGGGAUCAGCUUCAUCCCUCUACUGUCCAAAUCGUAUCCAUUGGUGCAAUUCUCAGAUCAGUGUCUUUAAGUACAACAACAUUCAAGUGUCAUUAAGCUCCUUUUAAGUUUGAUAUGAAUAGAAAACUGUGACCCGUGACCUCUUACAGUCUUCCUGUAGACCUGACAGAUGAAGGACGUGCAGAUCAGGUGUGAUGCCUGUCUUUGGUGCUUUCAAUCAACUAGAAGUAAUUCCUGUGUAAAGUGAAGUCAUGUGCCAGGGAGCGUUAACUGUUUUGUGUUUUCAUUGAUGCAGUGAGAUUUAAGAGGUAAUAACUUAUACCGGUCCCAACUGCUGAGUACUUUGUGGUUUCCAUGACCACGGAGGUUAAUAGUGACCCGAUGAGGUCAGCGUAGCCAACGUUUCCCUCACCAGCCAAGAUGUGAGUUCUUGACAUUCCUCUUUGUGCUGUUUUUAUCCAAUAUUAAAGCACCAAAUAUUGUUCUUGAUGCAUAUAUUGUAAUAAAAGUUUUAUUAAACUUUAUUAAUCUCUAA